AUGGUAAUACAAGCUAAAGAGUUAAACACCAGUGAACUUUACUAUAAAAUUCCACAAGCCUUUAAUUAUCCGCCUUACGAUAAGCUGAGUCUGAGAGCUGAAAAGCUCUACGGGGUAAUACUUUGGAGGCUUAGAGGUUCUAUUAAAAAUGGUUUUGUCGAUGACUUGGCUCUAUCACCUAAGCAGAUUGGUGAGCUUGAGGAUUUUAUGGAAAUUGAUGGUCUUGAAAAGAGUUUGAUUGAAAAAGCUAUUGACAUCACCGCUGGUGAGACAGGUUCUAAGAGGAAGUAUAACUACUUGAAAGGUAUCUUGACUAACUGGAAGAAUGGCAACAUUAAGACGGUAGCUGACCAUGAAGCGAAUGAGGCAGAGAGAAGAAACGGCAAGAAAAACUCGUACAUUGACGAAGAGGAAGCUAAGCGUAUGCAGGAAAAAUAUGGAUUCUAG